UAAUGUACAAAUUAGGACUGCUUUAAGCUAUCAAUAUGGUGUUGUGUCGGCCCUUCAGAUGGUCGUCGAAAGGAGGGUUCAAUCUUACUACCCGCUCACAAGAUCGAGGUAACACCGACGAAAGAAGAGGAACUAUUACUAAAUUACCAGAAACUAUUCCCGAUGGACCCAGGAUUGACGGCACUAUUACAAAUGGAAUUGUCACGAUAGUCAAAAAAAAAAGUAUCACAUUAUCAGUUGACCCAGGAGAAUCUAGCAAAAAAUCUAGUUACAUGAGCAUACAAAGUGAAAAAUCACGGCAUAGUUACAGAGACUCCGAAGGCGAAGGAUAUUUAAACGACCGGAAAAGCAGUACUGGUCGGAAAACCAUUUCAGAUUUGGUCCAAACUGAUCCUGAUAAGCGAAAUCAAAGGAAGCGAGGCAUUAUUGCUCCACAUGCUCCUCCUGAAAUUGGACGAUUUAGUGGCGACUUACAGUAUGAAAAAUUUGUAAAAGAUGAAAAGUCGGCAGAACUAAUAAAAAAAGCUAUCAUGGCUAAUGAGUUCUUGACUAACAUAAUGGACGAGCAACGUCUUUUCGCAGUGGUAGAGGCCAUGAGUCCACAAGAGUUCCCUGCGGGUAGUCUCUUGAUCCGCGAGGGAGAGAGUGGAAGCCACUUAUUUGUCUCUGCACACGGACAAUUUCAAGUACUAAAAGGAGGCCAAGUUGUCAAAAAUUUCGGAUCUGGAGAAGCAUUUGGCGAACUCGCAAUUUUGUAUAAAGCGAAAAGAUUUGCUUCCAUAAGGUGUUUAACAGAGGCAAAAGUAUGGACACUGGAACGACGUAUAUUUCAAAGAAUUAUGGUGCGCAGUGGGCGCCAGGAACAGGAGGACAACGUCCGAUUCCUGUCAUCUGUACCCCUUCUCCAAGGCAUUCAUCCAAUAGAAUUAACAAAGAUUGCCGACUUUUUAAAAAGGGAGUUCUUUUUGGAGGGAACAGCGGUGGUUCGACAAGGAGACCGAGGGGACAAAUUCUAUAUAAUCCGUGGGGGUGAAGUGGUGGUGACAAAACGCGAGGAGGAUGGAAGCGAGCGUCGCGUGGGGUCUCUCGGCCGAGGAGACUACUUCGGCGAACAGGCGCUGCUGCACGAGGAUCGCAGGCUAGCGACAGUUACCGCCUUGCAUAAAGGUGUAGAAUGUCUCACUCUAGAACGCAGUCAUUUCACUGAGCUGCUAGGUAACUUAGAAGAACUUAAAAAUGUGAGGCACUCUGACUCAAGACCAUCACAACAGAAAAAAGCAUCAGUGGUUAAAAGUGAGUUUGAGUUCGUGGAGCUAAAGGACCUAGAGAUCGUGGGCACUAUGGGUGUGGGUGGAUUCGGGCGAGUCGAACUUGUACAUUACAAACGAGAUCCUUCACUGACGUUCGCUCUCAAAUGUCUCAAGAAAAUUGACAUGGUUCAGCAGCAGCAACAAGAGCAUGCUUUCAACGAGAAAAACAUUAUGAUGGCUUGCAAUAGCAGAUUUAUUUGCAGGCUAUAUCGUACCUUCAAAGACAACAAAUACAUCUACUUCUUGAUGGAGCCGGUGUUGGGUGGAGACGUAUGGACUAUUCUGCAGAAACAGCGAUACUUUCCAGAAAACGUUGCGCGCUUUAUGUCUGCUUGCGUCGUGGAGGCGUUUCAGUAUUUGCACUCUAAGGAUAUCAUAUACAGGGACUUGAAGCCGGAGAAUUUGAUGCUGGAUAAACAAGGAUAUAUCAAAUUGGUUGAUUUUGGUUUUGCGAAACGGCUUUCAACGAAUAGCAAAACUUGGACAUUUGCGGGUACGCCUGAAUACGUCGCGCCUGAAAUUGUGCUUAACAAGGGCCACGACCGUGCAGUAGACUGCUGGGCGCUGGGCGUGUUCAUCCACGAGCUGUUGGUCGGCAAGCCCCCGUUCCGCGCGGCCGGCGGAGACCACAUGAAGACGUACACGCUCAUCUUGCGCGGCAUCGAGCCUGUGACCUUCCACCCCCGCGUGCCCAAGUCUGCGCAGCUCCUCAUCCGCAAGCUUUGCCGAACCGUGCCUGCAGAGCGGCUUGGAUAUCUGAAGAAUGGAAUUGUGGACAUUAAGAAUCAUAAAUGGUUCCUCGGCUUCGACUGGGAAGGUCUUCGGGAGGGCAAGAUGAAGGCGCCUUUGAUACAACCCGUCGCAAGCGAUCUCGACCUAUCCAACUUCGAGAAAUAUCCGAAGGAUAAAUUACCUCCUGACGAGACCUCUGGAUGGGAUAUUAAUUUUUAGAGAUAUUAUUAGUACUCCCACAUUACUAUCAUACCUAUAUUUAUAGUAUUAUUAUUUAAUACUGACACGUUUUAAACCUUUUUAAGAAACCUAAUCAUCACACUUAAUUCUAUUCAUUUAUUUCUAUGUAUUUUAAAGCAAUACCUACCGUGAUAUUAAAAACUUGUAGAAGAAAGGACAAUAAAAUUAUUGAAUUUCUAA